CAUUGUUUGUGUAUGUACUGGUGAUGAAACCCUGUAUCAUCAUCAACUAAAACGUCAUAUGACAAUGAGUUUUCUGGACCAAAAAGUGAAACAGAAAAGAAAAGUAACGAAAUACAAACUAUGGACACGAUGCCUGAAGAGCUGGGCUUCGCCAAACAGUUGGUUGGGAUUUUCCGCCAUUAGUCAGGUCAUCACUGAGUGCUCUGAAAUACAGUUCUUCAUGGAACUCCUGGUGGUUGGUGCUUAGAGCUACCAAAGCUACAAGCUAUCCUUCUGAGCUUGGCUGGGUAAUGAUAUCUUGGAGUUUCAAGAAGAUGUUAGCAAGGAUUCUUGAAGAUGUGAUGUUGCUGGAUGGAAUAGGUGACAACGAAGGCCGUCCUCUGUUCAACGUACAUGCAAUUUUUAUGGUUGCCCAUAUGCUUUGCUCUACAGUUUGUAGCCGGUCUGUUCUGAUGUGGCACCAAGGGUACAUGGAACUGUGGAUUAGGAGAGCUUUGCUGUACAAAUAG